CAUGGAUGUUAUAUACCUAAUGUUGAAGAGAACUCCCAUUAGAUUCUGUGAUAAUAAUAGCGGUAUCAAAGUGUUACAAUUCAUAAGUGUUAAUGGUUUGCAUCAGAAAACAGUAAAACGAUACAUAUAUAAAGAAAAUAUGCAUGGUGGGGGUCAACAUAUCAGUAGUAAGCUUUUGGAAAAUGAUCUAAAAAUAGGGAGCUUUAGUGUCCAUUUUUUAUAUCUGCACACAAAUGAAUUCUUAGCUGGAACUUAACAUAAAAAAGCUAUUUUGUCUGGAAGAAAUGUGAAAACAUGAGAAUGACUGCUUAACAAGAGAGGACAUGUUAACAGAAUACAAUAUCCGUGGACUUAAUUUUGUGUCGAUCUGCAUUCUAUAGUAUGGCUUGUAUAUUCAGUAUUUAUACACAGUGGGAUUAAAGAUUUUUUAGAGGUCCGUCGGCUGUAAGGAAACUUAGAAGGAUUGGUAAUGGUUUAGAUUAGAAAAUCAUUCUUACUAUGUUGACUGUAUUGUUGUGAGUGUACAAUUGGGGGAAAUAUUAUGAUGUCUGUAGAGAUUGACAAACUGAUAAUUAUUUCUAGGUUCAUACAACAAUGAUGACCAUCUUUUUUUAAUCGUGAUAUAUAUUAUAUAUGUCGCCUGACUUUGUUUCUAAAUACAUCGCAGAAAAUGGUGUCUGGUUCGUCCUCAUCUGAUUACAAGCAAUCCGAUGAGGAAUCAUCAGAAGGGUUCGAUGUGUAUCCUACACAACACAUCGGUACACCAGAAGAGUUAGAGUCAGAUGGCGCUAGAAAGGGCAAGAAGAAGGCAUCACAAAACCCAAUAAAUUCAAGGAGCAGCAUAAAAAAGAUGAAGGCCUUGAUUGAUGGGCUGUCUGAAGAAAAAAAGGCUCUGGUACGUGAGAUGGGGUUCGAAGGACUAUUGGAAUUACCAGCAAUAAGGCAAACAGGCAACAAUCCAUGUGGCUUAUGAGCAAAGUUGACGAGAAGGCAUCUGCUAUCAUAAUUGAUGCUAGGAGAGAAUUACCUUUCGACGACGGAGACGUCGGCAAGGUACUGGGGGUGCCAUCAGUAGGAUCUCCUGUUAACAAGAAUGCACCGCCGCACGUGGCAGGUACUGUACGUGAGAUCUUAGGAAUCGGCAAUGGAGAAAAAAAGAUCACACCCAUAGUUAACAUAGUGAAGAUUCGGUAUGGCAGAGCUAUGACAAAGGCUGAAGCAGACAAGUUCAAGGUUGCCUUCACAAUUUGCGCGAUGACUUUCCUCCUGGCACCUCCGCUGAAGCACAACUAUUUCAUGACAGAUUAUUGGAAUGCCUUGCACAUACCUGAUAUGGUUCAAAUGUUCAAUUGGGGACGGUACAUUAGAGAAGAGCUCCUUUCUUCUGCUGGUAGGGUGAAGUCUGAACUGCUAGGUGGGAAACUGAAGUCAAAUCUCACUGGAUGCACGUUCUUCUUGCAGGUUUUCUAUCUUGACAAUCUCGAACGAGAAGAUAAGAACCUGCCCCACGAUGUGUUCCCUAGGUGCAAGGAAUACUCAUAGAAGACUAUCUCUGAUGUUAUUGAUGAAGACACGACAACUGGGAAAGAUGCAGAGAUUGUAGUGUAUGGACACCUACUGCCAAGGCAUCCGGGGACAGUACGCUACAGCCGUAAUACCAUGGCAACAACAACUCAGAAAACAACUGAUGGAUACGGGAUUGGGUGCAGCACAGAGGGAAUUGGGGGUGAUAAAGUGUUCACAAAUUUUGCAGGUAUUAUUAUCAACAAGGUCGAGCAGUACUCCAACAAGUGCAAGACAGCUGUAAAUGAGGCAUCAAGGAAGGGAGCAAGAUUAAACAAGAGACACGCAGAAGGAUGGGAUGAGAUUGUCAAUGAUACUAACGGGUUAAUACUCUCAGAAACUAAGAAGAUAAUUGCAGACAUCAACCAGAUAACUGAUGCAAUGAGGGCACGAAAGCAGAGGCCCAAUUAUUCAACCCAAGCAGAUGUUCAAGGGGUUCAAGGGGAUGCAGAGAAUGCACUAAGCAUAGAGUCGGCAGAGGGAGCUUCCGCUAACGUGGAACCAUUGGCAAAGAGCAAAUUAGGUGUGAAAAGAAAGAAGGUUGUUACAUCAAGGAGGCACACACCGAAGAGGGCAAGGAUAGAGAGCUCUGAAGAAUCUGAAGGUGCUCAAGAAGAAGCAAACAAAGCAAUAGAUGAUCUGAUUGAAGCAGCAGAUGAAUACAGUAGGUUGCGCAGUGGGAUUGUUGGCAAUGCGACAGGGCUGUUGGACAAUACUACAGGGAACAACUUGGAGAUGUCAGUGGUGUGUGGGGCGGCAAGAAAUGAAGUUAUAUGCUCUCCAAAAAUAGCAACAGGAACUGAUGAAGCUGCAGAGAACCAAAAGGAUGGUGUUGACAAGAAUCAAUUGUCAAUAGUUUCUUCAGGACAGGAUGAUGACUUAGGUGGAUGUUUAUCAAUAGAUCCUCCAGAGAUGCAUGGGAAGUUCAAAGUUGUAAUGUCAGGUCUUAGGAAGACGGCCUUGAUGAAUGCUUUUACAGCCGUUUCAACGUCCAACGGCGUGUCGGUUGCUUCCGCAAACAUCACGCCUGGUUCUGCAGCAACCAAGAUGCAAACUCCUGAAGAUUGAGGAAUGCAGAUUGUUGCCACUCCAGCACCAAACCAAAUGUUUGCAGGUACAUCUUCAAGGACUUCUCCAGUUAGCCUCAACCGCCAGAUGUCUGCUGUCGAGCUUGACAUUAGGGAGGAGAUAGAGGAGGCGGCUAUCAACCUCAACGUCACUAUGUCACAGGGAUCAUUUAGCACACAGCCUCAGCCAAAGAGGGUGGUGAGGCCUGGGAAAUAUGCAAGGUCUCCCUUUGUAAUGGGUAAUGACCCUCCUACUAGAGCUCCAGCGAAUGUAGUGCAGAUAUACAAGCUAUUCUAUAGGGAGAACGCGAACAAGCUAAAAGACAUGUGGAUUAUCAGCAUCAACCCAAAAUACAUGGACAUCAGUGGGGAGCGGCUCCGUGAGAUGCUACGCGAUGGUGGUGAGGUGGAUAGUGUGCUGAUGACAUUGGUGAUGAGAAGGUACCAACAGAUGGAUGCGGUCUUUGCUGCUACAAAAGGGGAAGGAUGUUGGUGACAUUGGCUGGAGCCAGAUUUUGUGAACCAUGUUAGCAGAGGAGACAACAUUUCAAAGCUGAGGUACAUCAAGGACAUGUUCGUGGGGCCGCAUAUCACUUACGAGGUUCACAAGUGCACCGAGGUUGUGUUGCUAGUUAAGUUCGACUUCAAAUGGUCUACAUACAUAUGGGACUUUCCAAGGGCGAAGAUUUUUGUCCUCGACCCAACAAUGAACAAUGGUGACGAGUCUGAUAAGGUAAUUCAGCUCAGGCACAGGAAGGUUGCAGACGAGCUUCACAAGGCUAUAGAGAUAUGCAUAAAGUCAUUCUUCUCUGGAUGGGAGCCAGACAUGAGGGAAGACACGGACAUAUAUGCUACUCACUUUGGAAGGAAUUGGAUGGGAACUAAACUGAAAAGGGACAUGAACCCGGGUGACGGUGUCAUGCAUGCUAGGAUGAACAUGCUUGUGGACUUGCUUGGUUCUGAAGGUAACAUUGGUCAUCUGCCUGCGAGGUACAAGGAUUGCCUUAUUAGCAAGAACGACAAGAUCAAGGAUUGACUUGUUCGCAAGAAGGACAAUAUGAACAAGUUAUUUUGCCGGGAGUGGAUGGACUACUUGAAUUGAAUGUUUGUUUAGCCUCGGAAGAGAAUUCAUAGAACUUCCCAAACUAUUCGGUCUUUAAAACUAUGAUGUGAUCAGAAUUAAUUUGCUUUCA